AUGUAUCUUGAAGGAGAAAAUCUCCUCAGAGACUUGGAGAUAUUGAGAGACCGCGCUGAGUACUUCGCUAGGCAAAACCGUCAUAUUAAUUCAUUGGACGGCGUGGGUUUCGGGCAAAGCAAACGAUUUGACACCCUCAGUGGCGUAUCUUUCGGCGGUCAAAAAAGGAACUUUGACGAAAUCGACCGCAGCGGGUUCGACCGGUUCGUCAAAAAGAACUUUGACGAGAUCGACCGCAGUGGUUUCGACCGAUUCGUCAAGAAGAACUUCGACGAAAUCGAUCGCAGUGCUUUCAGUAGCUUCGUGAAACGCCCCAACAAGGUGCCAGCGGCCAAUUCGGAAUAG